GCUUGUGCACGUGGCGUCUUUUUUCUUACUGCGACGGCUAAGAAACGGAAAGUUUUAACGCAGCUACAUUUUAAUUAUCCGGGCGACGUGUUUGCAGUAGCGGGUUAUUGCUGUACCCAAGGCUGCUUUUGGCACCUUUCAGUUCCCUUAAUAAUUUCGAAAAGCAGCGCGUUUACUCUGAAUGCGUCACAGCGUAAGUGACCGCAUGGAAACGGAGAGCUGAGCUUUCCAUCUGCUGUGGACUGUGGUAGAGUGGGGGCUUCUGUGGCGGCUGGCGAUUUGUGGGUGGUCGUUGAUUCGCUAACGCUAGUGUUGCAUCCACAUUACACGUGGAGCAUGUGCUCUUUGUUGGUGUAGCGUAUAUACAGUGUUUUUGGUUGCAGCGUUUUAGUGUUUAUUGUAUUUUUAUUAAUUUAAGAAUCGUCUGCAUGGCUGAGAUCUAAAACGUGCUCGAACUAGAUUCAAGUAUAGUAGUCGGUUUUCAGCUAAAUUGGGCACUUUAAGAUAAACAAAACCAGAGCCCACAGUGAGUCCAAACCAACAUGCCAGUUAGGCGCUUUGGGGGUCACAGGUCUUUGGUCUCUCAGUCUCAGUCCCCAAAGCUGUCCUAUGGUUACACGAAAAUGAACAUUGCCAGAGGUGGCUACCGUGUUUUUUCUGCCAACUCUUCCACCGCAUGCACCGAGCUGGCCCAGAAGAUAACAGAGCGUUUGGGGGUGGAACUGGGAAAGUCAGUGGUUUAUCAAGAGUCCGAUUCAGAGACUAGAGUGGAUGUGAAAGAAUCUGUCCGUGGACAAGACAUCUUUAUCAUUCAGACCAUUCCCAGAGAUGUCAACACAGCUGUCAUGGAGCUGCUGGUUAUGGCUUAUGCCCUAAAGACGUCCUGUGCCAAGAACAUCAUCGGGGUCAUUCCCUACUUUCCUUACAGCAAGCAGUGCAAGAUGAGGAAGAGAGGCUCCAUUGUCUGCAAGUUGCUAGCAUCUAUGUUAGCUAAAGCUGGGCUAACUCACAUCAUCACUAUGGAUCUUCACCAGAAAGAAAUCCAAGGCUUUUUUAACUUCCCUGUUGACAACCUGAGAGCUUCCCCUUUCCUCAUCCAGUACAUUCAAGAGGAGAUCCCAAAUUACAGGAAUGCUGUCAUUGUUGCAAAGUCCCCCUCGGCUGCUAAGAGAGCUCAGUCUUAUGCUGAGAGGCUGCGACUUGGGCUGGCAGUGAUACACGGGGAGGCCCACCACUCAGAGUCCGAUAUGGCUGAUGGUCGACAUUCUCCCCCUUUGUCUCGUGCUAUCACAGGACACACUGGCCUGGAGCUACCAUCAAGCAGCAGACAGGUCCCAUUCCCUGGGAUAGAGCUUCCAAUGAUGAUGGCAAAGGAGAAGCCGCCUAUCAGUGUUGUUGGCGACGUAGGAGGCCGAAUUGCCAUCAUUGUUGAUGAUAUUAUAGACGAUGUGGAAGACUUUGUUGCAGCAGCAGAAAUUCUGAAGGAGAGGGGAGCCUACAAGAUCUACGUCAUGGCUACACAUGGCUUGCUGUCAGCAGAGGCUCCGAGACUAAUAGAAGAAUCUGCUAUUGAUGAGGUGGUGGUGACCAACACUGUUCCCCAUGAGGUCCAGAAGCUUCAGUGUCCAAAAAUCAAAACCGUGGACGUCAGUAUGAUCCUGGCUGAGGCGAUCAGACGCAUCCACAAUGGAGAAUCCAUGGCCUAUCUGUUCCGCAACAUUGCUAUGGACGACUGAGGCAACACACACGUACAUUUAGGCUACAUCAUUCAUAAGCACAUACACUGAGGACCAAGAAUCCAGUUUACUUUAAGCUCGGCUUUUAAGCUGUUACAGUUUGUUUUCCUGUUAAUCCUUAGAGAAUAACUGACUCUGUGUACUGUAUGUUACAUAUGAAACUCAGACUUUGCUUUAUUUCUCAUUUCUGUUACACAGAAGAACUGUACACACUACUCAAUGGUUUCACUUCGCUAAUGUGUCUUUCAUACAGUCUGACAACAUAAAUGUCACAAAUGAUGUAUCACGUGGACCCUCUCAUCACACUGUAGCGUUUGGCAAAUAAAGCUGUUCUUCAUCGGG